AUGACUGAACAAGUUGUAAACACGGAAGCGAAAGGAAGACCAUAUAGAUCGAAGAAAAGCAGGCCAUGUGACUUAUGCCGCCACCGAAAAACAUGUUGUGUUAUGCAAGGAAGUCCACCUUGCAUGUUGUGUAAGAAACGUGGAGUAAAAUGCACAUUUACUCAAAAGCCACCAGAAAGAUCCGGAAAACUGUCCAGAUCAAAGAUUAGAUUCUAUGUUCCCAAGCAGGUCGUCUCAACAAAGCAAUUGCCAUUACAUGAAGUGAAGCAGGUGGAACAGAAACAGAUUGAAACGCCAAAUUGCCAGCCAACGUCUAAAAGCAUCGAGUUGACCAGUUCAGAGUCAUCCAAAGACAAAGUACUAGAUAACGAUAGUUCUACACUUCCUUUCGAGAUACAAAAAGAUGUAUCACAGCCAAUACGUGAGACCUUCGGGCUCGACCUUCCGUUUACAAUCGAUAUGUGGAACCUCAUGUUUCGUGACAUUGCCGACGAGUCGAUCGACCCUGAAAUAACGGGGCAUUCAUGGAAGCAAGAUGGCCAGGAAGACAGUUCAAAGACUCGGAAUGGAGAAGAAGGGCCUUCUACUUAUCACUUGCGACCUGAUGGCACAAGUAGGUAUGAUGUGUGUUCUGUGGCAGAGAUGGAGAAUUAUAUUUCCGGAUCUGUAGAUGCUGACGAAGCCAUUAAGGUGCAAUAUCUGUCUGAGAACUCGUAUAUGGACCCGUUUCUUUAUCGGGUAAUUGCCCACGAUUCAGUGACAAUUGUGGAGCAUGGAAGAAGUCCAAAUGCAAUUCCAACUUCCCGAAUGGCAGGUCAAUUAUCCAAGGGUGGCAUGCUGAUACGCCGACUUUCUGGAAGUGAAAAAGAAACACCAUCUUUACUUUUCGUGAGGUCUGACCCUGGACUUUCACAUAAUGAUAUCAAGACCAAGGAGCAAAUACGGCACCUAAUAAAUAAUUACGGUCCCAGACUUCUUCUCAUCUAUUUCAGGUUCAUCAACCCGUUUCUUCCUCUUUUUUCAAGAAGCCUUUUCUAUUUUGGCACGAACCAGAACAUGUUGGAGUUUCACAAUAGUCUUCUUGCUACACUGCUCACGCUAGCCAUGGAUUGGUGGUCGGUGGAUUCUAUUCUCAAGCAGCAUACAAUGCCUUCAGAUCAGCUACUUUUCAAGAUUGCUCGUCAGGCUGUUAUGGAAGAUCAAGACAUGCCGAACUAUUCCUCUCUUCAGGCAUGUAUUCUUCUCUCUCACAAACGGCCUGCUGACCUAUCCAAGCCGGAUACACCUUUCACAUGGAUGAUUCUUAGUAUUGCAGCUUCCUUAGCCGUAACUCUUGGAUAUAACCGUAAUUGUGAUGACUGGAAUCUUCCUGACUGGGACAAGAAACUUAGAAAACGGAUAUGGUGGACGUAUGUGGUUCAAGAUACAUGGUUUGCGGCUUGUUAUGGUCGUCCUCUACAUGUAAAGAUGAGCAGUUGGAAUAUUCCAGAGCUCACAGAGGAUGAUUAUGAGAGCUAUAGUACUGGUGAGCGUGAAUCGGUCGACUUUAAGUACUCAGUAAAGUCAUUUUGUUACUUAGCAAAAGUAUCGCUCUUGGUAGCCGACAUGUGUGACAACUUUCUCUAUGCUGAAGAAGGCAUUCCACGUUCUUUCGAGACACUGCUCAUUAUUGGAAAGCUGUAUCUUCACAAAGUAUCUUUGUUAGGUUCUCUGUGUCCGAAAGAUCUAUUUAUCAGCUCACAAGUAAGCAGUCAACUUCCUCGGGCAAAUGGAUCUAUCCAAAUCUCGGUUGAAGUUGCACGAAUUCUAAUUCUACGGCAUCUGAUUCACAAAAUGAUCAGUUCAGAUGAUGUGACGUUUGAAAAGUAUAGUGGUAUACUUAUUCAAUGGUCCAUAGAUUGUCUCAGAAAGAUAUAUUUGCUGGUGAGUACACUCAGAGUGGAUCAAGUCCGAUACUUUUGGUAUUCUUGGUCUCGUCUUCAAUUUGCAGUUAUUGCCAACUUCUUCCUUCUUGUACACAGCCUUGCCACUAAGGAUGAAGACCGCGAUAAAAUUAGAGAUCUAAUGGAUAAUUUCAGGUGGUGGCUAGGAUGCAAUAAAUCUUCAUUUGCUGAUUUAUCUUUGGCCCUUAAUCUUUUAGAUCGGGCUUACCUUCUGGGGGUUUCCAAGUUUACAAUAAAGCGAUAA